AAAACAAUCUUACCCAACAAACUGACAUUUUAUCUUUACCGCUUAAAAACGAAUGACCAAUUUUUGAAAUAUAAAUAUGAGUAGUGCACCGGUCACUAAAGUUGUGAAGGAUGCUUGGAAAAUAUCGAUGGUUGAUGGUGAUUUACGGAACGACUUGAUGAAAUAUUGGCGAGGUGAAAAAGAUGGGUUUGUUCAAGUCGGUACAAAAAAAUGGUUGUAUCCAGUGAAGUAUGUGAGGUUGGCGGAGGAAUAUAAGAAUUUUGAAGUGAGGCUUGACGAUGUUUGGAUCACCGGAUUUCCUAGAUCAGGAACCACAGUUACUCAAGAACUAGUAUGGCUUUUAUGCCAUAACUUGGAUUUUAAAGCAGCUGAAGAAGACCUAGAUGAAAGAGUUCGAUAUUACGAAUUGAACUUAGUUUUUAAUGACAAAACAACAGAAGAACGUGUGAAACUAUUCCCAGAAGAUGAUGAACUGCCACGUCUCACCGAAUGUAUUGGCAACACUUUGAAGCUUCUAGAUGAAGAUAAUAAAAGAAGAAUAAUGAAAACUCAUUUACCUUUCGAACUUCUACCUGAUGAUAUAAUGAAGAAAGGAUGUAAAGUGAUUUAUAUCUGUCGACAGCCAAAAGAUGUUGCUGUUUCCUAUUAUCAUUAUGAGAAAGGAUCAUGGCAUUUAGACUACAAAGGUGAUUUCAAAAGAUAUUGGGAUCACUUCAAAAACGGAGAAUGUAGUUUCGGUCCAUAUUUCGAACAUAUCAAGCAGGCAUAUGAGAAAAAGGAUGAACCAAAUAUACUUUUUGUAUUUUAUGAAAACUUAAGGAAGGAUCUCGCAGGCUACAUCCAGAAGAUCGCAAAUUUUCUUGAGCGUCCUCUCAACCAAGAUGAACUCUACAAAUUGGUAGAUCAUUUGAAAUUCGAGAAUUUCAAGAAGAACCCUGCCGUUUCCAAGAACACCAAAGAUGCGGACAAUAAUGAGGUUGAAUUUGUGAGAAAAGGAAAAGUUGGAGGUUGGAAGGAACUUUUCACCGUUGAGAUGAACGAAGAAGCUGAUGUCUUCAUCGAGAGGAAAACAAGAGAAAUCGGUAUAACUUGGCCAAAAUGACCAAGUAUCUCCAAGAUGAGAAAUUUCUAUAUAUUGUGAUCAUAUGACAUAUAAGUAUUCAAUCUAAAUAUGAAAAUAAGAAAACAUUUUCUACUUUUAUAAGUAUUUAUCAUAUUUCUUUUUGGAAAAGCCGAGAGUACAAAUAUGGAAAUCAAUUAACUGCCAUUGAGUUGAAUUUUUUUCCUAUUGGCAGGUUGUUUUUAGAAGGUUUCAAAGAAAUUCAAGGAAUAGUUUCUUGUGUUGAGAAAUAACAUGAAGUCUUAAUUCUUUCAUAAUAGAAACCAUUCAAGCUCAAAGUAGCUCAAAAAAGUUAACUUCAAUACCAGGAAGAGCUGAAAACAGAAAAUAUUUGGCUACACUGUAUGUCACUCCAUCCGCUUUGAAAAACUAUCAGUAGAAAAUAAAAACCUGAUGAAGACAGAUUUUAUCGUUCCUUCAUCGAAAAAAAUGAAUUUUUUCCAUAUUGAAAAUUGCAAAUUCAGAAAGAAGUUGUUGAAACCCUGAAUCUGCUUAUUAAUUAAGAUAACUACUAUUUAUUUGUUUUUUUUUUGAGUUUUUGUCGAUUAUACAAUUGCAGAUAAAGGAGUGUUUAAUUACCAGGUUGUCCCAUAGGAAUUAAAGGAAUCCUUAAU